GUUCUCAACUGGAUUGUGAAUGAGGUCAAUCUUCCCAUGUACGCGGAACGGAUAGUGGAGCUCAAGAUAGAUGGAACAGUGUUGCCAAGGCUGGCAGUGCACAAUUCGACAUAUAUGACAAACUAUCUUGGAAUAAAGUCAUCAGUACAUCGUCAAAAGUUACGACUCAACGCACUUGACGUUGUCCUGUUCGGCCACCGCGAUCCUUCUUCUAAAGGAAAAGACAUUGCUCUAGCUCUUUUGCUUCUUUUGCUCACAUCCGUUUUAAUUCUCUACGUUAAACAACGGCGUCGAGCUCGCCUACAAGUGACCGAGCUCUCCCAGAAGCUAAAAGAAUUGAAGUCUAUGGAAAAUCAAUUUGAUCAUGAACAGAAGAAGUGGCAUGAAGAGCGAAGCAGGCGAUCAACGAACGAUGGAGGCGUGAGCCAAGUAGAAGUCGAUAACCUGCGGGUUCAACUAGAAGCAGCCGAACGACGAUUAGAAGAGAACGGAUUCGGUGGUUGUCCUCUCGCACUACAACCGCUGCUUCGAAAGACGUGUGAAGUUGAGAUGGCCUUCCUGGAAAAGCAAAAACAAGACUGUGUAAAAGAGAUGCGAGAAGCGAUUGAAUUGGUGGAUCGCCUUCAAAGGAAGACGUCCAGUGUUCUUUCGUCACUUAAACUAGCGACCGGAGCGUCGUCUUCCAGCGACCAGGUUGACAGUAAAAUAUUUGCUCUUAAGUCCCGUAUGGACAAAAUACAAGUGCUUACUCGUGAAUCUCAAGAUCGAUGGCUACAAAUCGAGUCUCUUUGUGGUUUCUCUGUCUUUUAUCCAAGCGAGACGAUUCCAGUCAUGCAACAUUCGGCAUCAUCAUCUCAUUUUUACGGCCACAACUCAGGUAUGUCAGAGCCGGAGGAGGAUGAUAGCUCUUCGAGUGGCAGCUUUCUCUAG